AAGCGUCCUCGAAAAAGCCGCAUAUACAUACAAAUACACAAAAUUGCAAUUUGGUGAAAUAUAUCGGAAAGUGAGACUUAAUUUGGCGCCCCAAAAUGAGUGGCGGGACUAUGCUUUAUGGGGGCGAUGAGAUCGGUGCAUUGGUUUUCGAUCCCGGUCACCAUUCCCUCCGCGUGGGCUAUGCUCAAGAGGACUCUCCUAAGGCCGAGAUACCAUCUGUUGUUGGCAUAGGAGCACAUGCGCCAGAGACCAACCUCGACCCUGAGACAAAGACAGAUAACAAUGUCACACCAAACAACGCAGAUUCACGAAAAUUCUAUGUUGACACAAACUACGUAAAUGUGCCACGGUCACAGAUGGAAGUGCAAACAUAUAUGAAGGAUGGCAUGAUCGACAACUGGGAACUGUUUGAAAAAGUCAUAGAUUAUGCAUACGCCAACGUUAUACAGUCAGAGCCGGAAUAUCAUCCGGUUCUCUUUUCAGAAGCAUCUUGGAACGUGCGCAACAAUCGUGAAAAACUCACGGAGCUGAUGUUUGAGAAAUAUAAUGUGCCAGCAUUCUUUUUGGUAAAAAACGCCGUGCUUGCAGCUUUUUCAAGCGGACGAGCCACUGCUCUUGUGGUGGAUAGUGGUGCGACACACACAUCGGCUGUGCCAGUGCAUGAAGGCUAUGUGCUGUCCCAGGCCGUAGUCAAGUCGCCCCUUGGUGGUGAUUUCCUUUCGAGGCAGUGUCGACAGCAUUUAGAAAAGCACGGAAUUGACUUGUCCCCUGUAUACCGGAUAGCCUCAAAAGACGUUGUGAAGGAGCGCGAUAAUGCGCGCUUCACGCUGCGCAAGCUGCCGGAAAACCUCACACAAUCAUGGCAAACUUAUAUGCAACAAUUACUGAUGCAAGACUUCCAGAUGAAUGUGCUGCAAGUGUUAGAAAAUCCGUAUGACGAACGUGUAGCUGCGCAAAUACCAACCGUGCACUACGAAUUUCCCAAUGGAUAUCACCAAGAAUUUGGCUCUGAGCGCUUCAAGAUUGCCGAGAGCCUCUUUGACAAUGCAAUGCUAGGUGCUGGUCAAUUGGCCUCAACAAGCGUAGGCAUGUGUGAUGCUGACGUUCGAUUAUCGCUCUUUGGUUCAGUGGUGGUUACGGGUGGUAACACGCUGAUCCAAGGUUUUCCGGAACGUCUAAAUCGCGAUCUGCAAUUGCGCGCACCCUCAAACACACGGUUGAAAAUGAUUUCGGCCAACGGCACAGUUGAGAGGCGGUUCGGCGCUUGGAUUGGCGGAUCUAUUUUGGCCUCCAUUGGAACUUUCCAGCAAAUGUGGAUAUCUUCGCAGGAGUACGAGGAGGCCGGCAAGAGUCAAGUGGAACGCAAGUGUCCAUGAAUGCGCCCUUGGGUAUUCCCAUUUCAGGUCAUAACAAAUUGUACUUUUAAUUUUAGAGGCAGAGCUAAACCCUCUAUGUAUGAAAACUUUAAAUGAUUAAUUAUAAAUUUUACAAAAUGCUACAAACAUCA